ACGAGUGCUCCAAAUAUAAAAAUAGAAAUAGUCCACACGUUGAGCCGGCAUCUCUCAUACGUGAUUUAACCUAAAAGCUACAUUAGAUCAUGAAAAUUGGCGUUUAGCUUUACUUAUAACAACACAAUAUUUGCAACAUUAAUAAAAAAAACCAAAAAGAGUGAAAAUUUCGCAGCAAUGACGGCAGAGAUAGAAGGAUUCUUCAAGAAGUUUCAUGAAAAUAUAAACAGCUCUAUAGACGAUGUGACGAGAAAUAAUUUCGCUAAUUUGGAAACUAAUUCAAAGCGUGUAUCGUAUUUUUGCAGCCUUCCCUGUGUAAAGGAUUAUGAUCUUUCAAAAGACGUGGUCGAAUACGAAGCCGGUGGCAGUUUCCCUGUCAAAAAAGACUUGGAAAAGGCAAGACAAUUUAAGGAUGAAGGAAAUAAAGCCGUCCAAAAAGGUGAUUGGGCUAAAGCAUUGCAACUGUACAGCCAAAGUUUGAUUCAUAUGCCACAAAAAGAAACUGAAGAUCUGUCGAUUGUUUAUGCCAACCGUUCAGCAGCUUUAAAUCAUUUGGAACAAUACGAAGAUGCUCUUUGCGAUAUAAAAAGGAGUCUCACAUUGGGCUAUCCUCGACAUCUGAGAUACAAAAUUUAUGAAAGAAAAGCCAGAUGUCUACUUGUUUUAAAAAGGAAUCAAGAAGCAAUUAUAGCUUUUCAAGAUACAUUAAGUGCCUUAGAUGAAGCUAGUAAUCUUGAAAAAGAAAAAAGACUGAAAAUGAGAACUGACGCUAAACUUAUGCUGGAAAUCCUGAACAAAGGAUUGGUCUUGGCUGGAAAUCCAAAGGAUCCUGAACCUCUAAAGAGAGUUCCACCCAAACCCAAGCUACCAGGAAAAAAUAAUCAACAAUAUCCUGCUGCUUCAGAAGCAGUUCAAAUUGAAUACAGUGAAACUAAAGGAAGGUUCGCCACUGCUACAAAAGAUAUAGUACCUGGCGAAACUUUACUAAUAGAGAAACCGCAUAGUGGCGUAUUAUUGGGUGAAUACUCGAAGACUCACUGUCAAAAUUGUUUUGUAAAGUGCGUAAUUCCUUUGCCAUGUCCAAAAUGCCCGAACGUAAUAUUUUGCAGUGACAAAUGUUUAGACGUUGCACAAAAAUCCUAUCAUGGAUACGAAUGUCAUAUUCUUCCACUCAUUUGGAAGUCAGGCUGCUCGAUAACCUGCCACAUUGCUCUAAGGAUGAUAACACAAAACAAUAAAGAAUAUUUCAAGAACAUCAUCAAGGAUAUAGAGAAUAAACCAACAGGAACAUACAAAACUAGUGAUUACAGGAACAUAUACCAUUUAGUUUCGCACGAGGAUAAAAGGACCAAGCAGGAUUUCUUGCAUAGAACACAAAUGACGCAGUUCCUGUUAAAGCUUCUAGAAAUAAGUGGUUAUUUUGACGGCAAACCCAAACAAAAGCCCGUGGAAAUUGAUGAGUUAAAAACAAUGGCAAUCGCUGAAUGUUAUACAGAAGAUGUUGCCUUAUAUGGUGGAUUAAUCCUGAAGAAUCUUCAAAUACUCCAAUUCAAUGCCCAUGAAGUAUUCGAAUUGCACUGCCCUAAACCAAAAGUUGGAAAAAAUAUUAUCAAGCACGACGGAAAAUCAGUGUUUUUGGCAGGCGCUGUUUUCCCUACACUUGCAUUGUUCAACCAUUGCUGCGAUCCUAGUGUCGUUAGAUAUUUCUGUGGUCCCUACAUUGUCGUUCGCGCCGUAAAGAAUAUAAAGAAAGGCGAGGAAAUAUCUGAAAACUACGGCCCAAUAUUUACCACUGUCCCCAAAGAGAAGCGGAAGGCCCAGCUAAAGGAUCAGUACUGGUUCGACUGUACUUGUGUACCUUGUGAACAGAAUUGGCCAACGUAUGAGCAGAUGACCGAAAAUUAUAUGCGAUUUAAAUGCGAUUCCGACCGACCAUGCCCCAACGUUAUUCCGGUGCCUUACGAUUGCAAAGAGUUCAUGGUCCAGUGUGGACUGUGUCAGCAGUACACCAACAUUUUGAAGGGGCUGAAGUCGUUACAAGACACAGAAAUGAUGUACAAGCUUGGUUGUGUAGCCAUGGAGGAGGGAAAGUAUGGUGAAGCCAUGAAGAAGUUUAUAGAAAUGCUGAAACUUUACGACGCUACCUUGGCACCUCCGUACCGAUCAUUCUAUGACUGUGUACAAGACUUGAGGAGCUGUAUGCUAGCUAUGGGCAACUAUAGUAUUGUUUAGAUUGUUUUUUAUUUUUAAUUUUUUUAUUAGCCCGAGUGGGUUUAGAUUUAUAAAAAUUCUUGUGCAAAUGUUUAACUUUUGUGUAGUAGGAGUUGUUUGACUAAUAAAGUUGAUGUUGGAA